GUGGGCACAGACAUCCUACGGCCCUGGGGUGGGGAAGCCCUGGAAAUGGGAGGGCCCCAAGGAUGGGGUGAAGAAGCAUGAGUUUGGGGCUACCAUGCCUGGUCAGGGCAUGAGUAGUGGCAUAUCUGGUGUCCCUGUGGCUGGAGGGCAAAGAAGCCACACAGAAUACCAAGAGAGGAGAGGCUGAAAGCCCCUUCCUGUUGUGGGAGAGCAUUGUCCUGGCAACACCUGCACGGGCCCACACGGUUCCAAGCCUCUGGCCUGUGGGUUAGGAGCCUAAACCCACCACCAUGGCACCUAUGACUUAGCUCCGAGAGAAAGGGACUGCCCCCAAAAUCCAAUGCCCUCUUCACCUCUAUGCACCUUCUCUCUCAUACUCCCAUCUGUAGCCUCACCAUGCGCUGGCGCUCUGGGGCUUGGUGAGGCCAUUUCCUGUGACGGUUACAGAGGCGGGAGACUGGGGGAUGGGAAGGAGAAGGAAGGAAACACCCCUGGCCUACCGCCCUCGACAGAGACCCCAUAAGCCACAACUGAGCUUGGAGAGGAGCCGCCAACAAUUAAAAGACCCUACCACAAGUGUAGCGUGCCCCGGUCCCCAUCUGGCUCCAAUGCUACUACAGGCCUCAGUUUCUCAUUCUGCAGAAGCCUGCCUGGCGAGAUUUAGAAAGCUGGGAUCUUUCUCCCUUCCUCCAGUGUGGCCAGCUGUCUGUCAUUCUCAUUUGCACCCCAGCUUAGAGCCCUGUGGACUUGGGUAUCCUCUCUCUUCCUCCUUCCAGAUCCUUUCCUGUCUUCAGCCCUACAUUCUACAUCUCCCUCUUACCCUAACCCAAGAUUGUCCUCUGCCCUGUCUCCCGACAAAGAGCUCCUGCUCUUGCGGGGAAUGAAAGGCCACUUCCUUGAGAGGAUGGCUAGCCUGGGCUCAGAAGCCUCCUUCUGGCUAGUGAGGCCUGCAGAACCUUGUCUUUCAGGCAGGCUCAUGGCUGAGUGAGCCUCCCUUGGGCCCAGCAACCUACCCCAGCAUGGUCCAGGCCUGUGAGGGUCACUCCAGAGCUCAGCUGCCGACCUUGUCUUUGGGGGCAGCCAUGACCCAGCCUCCACCCACCAACGCUCCGGCCAAGAAGCAUGUGCGGCUGCAGGAGAGAAGGGGCUCCAGUGUGGCUCUGAUGCUGGACGUGCGCUCUUUGGGCACUGUUGAGCCCAUCUGCUCAGUGAACACGCCCCGGGAAGUCACCCUACACUUUCUGCGCACAGCUGGACACCCCCUUACACGCUGGGGGCUACAGCACCAGCCACCCAGCCCCAAGCAGCUAGAGGAGGAAUUCUCGAAGAUACCCACAAACUUUGUCAGCCCUGAAGACCUGGAUAUCCCUGGCCACGCCUCCAAAGACAGAUACAAGACCGUCUUGCCAAAUCCCCAGAGCCGUGUCUGUCUUGGCCGGGCACACAGCCAGGAAGACAGUGACUACAUCAAUGCCAAUUACAUACGAGGCUAUGAUGGGAAGGAAAAGGUCUACAUUGCCACCCAGGGCCCCAUGCCCAACACUGUAGCGGACUUCUGGGAGAUGGUGUGGCAAGAAGAAGUAUCCCUCAUUGUCAUGCUCACCCAGCUCCGAGAGGGCAAGGAGAAAUGUGUACACUACUGGCCCACAGAAGAGGAAACCUAUGGGCCCUUCCAGAUCCGAAUCCAGGAAAUGAAAGAACAUCCAGAAUAUACUGUGAGACAGCUUACCAUCCAGUACCAAAAGGAAUGCCGGUCGGUAAAGCACGUCCUCUUCUCAGCCUGGCCAGACCACCAGACUCCGGAGUCGGCUGGGCCGCUGCUGCGCCUGGUGGCAGAGGUGGAGAGCCCAGAGACAGCUGCCAACCCUGGGCCUAUCGUGGUUCACUGCAGCGCAGGGAUUGGCCGGACAGGCUGCUUCAUCGCCACCCGCAUCGGCUGCCAGCAGCUGAAGGCCCGAGGGGAAGUGGACAUUCUGGGCAUCGUGUGCCAGCUGCGCCUAGACAGAGGAGGCAUGAUCCAGACAGCAGAGCAGUACCAGUUCCUGCACCAUACUCUGGCCCUGUAUGCAGCCCAGCUGCCUCCGGAGCCCAGCCCCUGACCCCUGACCCUCCACCGGUUCAGGGACCAACCUCUCCUUAGGCCUGGGACAGCUUCUGCAUAAGCACAGGAAAGGGAGCCUCAGCCAUGAGGAUGCUUCAGCCUCAGGAAAUUGCUCCCAGCAAGCAAAGGAGGAGCCAGGCUGCAGGGCUUCCCCACCAACUAGUCCUCUGCCUUUGUCUGUGGCUCCCAGUGGACUAUAGGGGAGCUUCCUGUGGCUCUGAACUUACAGAUAAGAGCUGACACUUGAAAUGGAUUGAGAAUAAUCCCCCAACCAUGGGGUGCUGGCUUAUCUAUGGGCUCUCUAUGGGCUUCUUUCCUUGUGGAUUACAUGAAGAGUCAGUCCUUUGCUGCCAUCAUAGAAGCAGACAGAAUGUUCCUGAAAGCCAUUCCAGAUGUAGCUCUGCUGUUGGGGCUGCAGAAUGGUGACUGAAAGGUCUUCUUCCAUUAAGGCCUUGGCCACACACAAGCCAGAUGCAAGAGCAGGGAAGAGCCUGGCUGGCCUUUUGACUUUGGACCUCUCCUCCCCAUCCACCUGUGAGUGCUGAUGACCCCUCAGAAGAGAACUGGGCCCUGACUGGCCUGCCUCCACAUGUCAUAAAAGGAGAUGCCCACAUAAGCAGGUCUAGCAAUUACGGGCAAGAAGAAACCCCAGGCGUGGUGAGCAUACCUGUAUUCCCAGCACUCAGCAGCAGAAGCAGGAGGAUUGCUGAAAGUCUGAGGCCAGCUAGAUGUGCAUUUUGAGUUCCAGGCCAGCCAGGACUACAUAGCAAGAACUUCUCUUUUAAAAUAAAAAUAAUAGAAAGCAAUCACGAGCUCUCUGGAAGUGAUGGGGCGGGGGCUGCCUCUGCCUCUGUGGCUUCCUGCCAUCUGCUCCCAACCACUCUCUAGGGAAGCCAAGCACUCUCUACAUUGCUUCUGUGACUUCAGAGAAUACUCUGGGUGCCCAAGAAGUACCAAAGAAAGAGGAGAGAAGAAGAGACAAAGGACUGUGUCUGGUUCUGGCAAACCUACCUGCCAUAUCUUUCCUGGCUUGUAUUUUCUUGGCAGAGCACACCUGGAUAGCUUAACUAGUUCCAGAAACAUCCUGGGCUGUCACCACACCAAGCAUCACAGGGCUAAGACCAAGCUUCAGCCCUCAUCCUUGUCUCUUCAGCACCAUUUCCCGGGAGCCCACGAUCUAGCUCAGGGUU